UCCUGAGGUACCAAGCCGUUACUGCAUCCAAGUUGUGAGAAUUUGCUGCAUUGAAUGCCAUUUCAGUGGCGACAGUGAGGAGGCGAGUGAAGUCUCCAGCAGCAGCUUUGUCUGUUGGAAACUGGACUAUCCAGCAAGGGGCGCUGGCCUCUCACUGCCGCUGUCCUGGACUUCCCUUGGCAGGAGUUCAAUGUGUUUUUAGUAGGAGCGCAGUCGCAGUGGGCUUCAUCCAAGACAUUUAGAAAGGAAAUUCCCUACCACUGUGUGUAUUACUAAUCUCUGUGUCUGUUAACUCGAUCCAGAAAAACGUUACAUUUUUUAUAUUACGACUAAGGUGUGAAUAUGGCGACGCUGGGGUCCGAGCCCCAGCCACAGUCUCAACUCGUUUCGGGUAUUGUCCAAACUAAUAUGAACAGUUUGGGAUGCAGUAAUCUGCCACUGAACCGAGGUCUGGAAAGAGCUUUGGAAGAGGCUGCCAACUCUGGGCUUUUGAACCUCAGUGCGAGAAAACUAAAAGAAUUCCCGAGGACCGCAUUAAACUACGAUCUCACUGAUACAGUCCAGGCAGACCUGUCCAAGAACCGCUUGCCUGAAGUUCCUGUGGAAGUGUGCCAUUUCGUCUCACUGGAGAUAUUAAAUUUGUAUCACAACUGUGUUAAAGUCAUUCCAGAUGCCAUUGUCAGUUUGCAUAUGCUGACAUACUUAAACCUGAGCCGAAAUCAGCUCUCUACGUUGCCAGCUUGCCUGUGUGGUCUUCCUCUAAAAGUCUUAAUAGCAAGCAACAACAAGCUGGGGGCCCUGCCAGAAGAAAUCGGACAUUUAAAGCAGUUAAUGGAAUUGGACAUCAGCUGUAAUGAAGUCACGGCUCUGCCCCAGCAGAUUGGGCAGCUGAAGGCACUCCGAGAGCUCAAUGUCAGGAAGAAUUACCUCAGCGUUUUACCGGAGGAUCUAGUGAGUCUUCCAUUGGUCAAGCUUGACUUUUCUUGCAAUAAAGUAGCAGUGAUUCCAGUCUGCUACAGGAAGAUGAGCCACCUGCAGACUCUACAGCUGGACAACAACCCUCUACAGUCCCCCCCUGCACAGAUCUGUAUAAAGGGAAAGGUGCACAUAUUCAAGUACCUUUACAUGGAAGCCUGCAGGAUUGACAAGACUGUGGACUCGCUGUAUCUGCCAGUGAUAGGGAGGCUCAGCUUGUCCCAGCCUGCAGCUGGGAGCAUUGAAGAUAUCGAUCAAAACCGAAAGCAGGACACAGAUUCUGGACUCGGCAGUGAUAAUGGAGAUAAGCGCUUAUCUGCAACGGAGCCAUCAGAUGAAGAUACUGUCAGCCUCAAUGCACCAAUGUCAAACAUCACAGAGGAAGAGAGCUUUAGUAAAGAGGACUCCAGUGAACGUAUUAACCCAUUUAAAGAGGAGUUCGAUCAAGAUUCUGUAAAACUGAUUGAAAACAAUAACCCAGAAGAGGGGCCUCAGGACAAGUUUUUGUACGGGGGGUCUGGUCUGAGCACUCCCUUUGUGACCUACAUGAAGGGGAGGGCAGCUGAGUUUGACGAACCUCUCAGAAUAGAAGAAGACACAAGCUGGGCUACAGAGCCAAUGACAAACCCACCCGAUAAUCAAGAGAUCCACAUAGAAAUGAUCAACCAGCUCCGAGAGGCAGUGGAAUUAUUACAAGAUCCAAACAGAUUAAACAUGAAUACUGAGGACAGCACAAGAGUCCAGUUAUACCCUGUCCAUACUGUUACCACAGAGAAUUUAAACUCAUCUGUAAAUGGUCAAACAUACCAAGACGUGUCUAUGACUCGCACGAGAGAAAGUAUUGGUGGAGAGCUUGAGUUCCAGAAGAAGAGGGAAUUGAUUCUAGGAAAAGCCAGGGUUGAGGCCCAGCUUGCAUGCCAGCGGUUUGAGAGACAAAUGUCAAACCAGAGUAAUUCAAAGACACCAGAAGGACAGAAUGAUGUGAGAAGAGCAUCUGUGGAUGGGGGUGAAGACCAAACUCCGGCUUCUUCUCCCACUGCAAACACUCCUUUUGGCUUGAAGCCUCGAUCUGACCAGCCCCUCCCUUCCUCUCCUCCUCCCUCUUUCAGCCCUCUUACACAGGCCCUGGCAGGGGAUAACGCCAGCCUCACUACCCCAACAGAAGGAGGCAUGACAAACAGUGUAUUCUUAAGGACACCAAGAAAAUUAGAGUCCAUGCACCCGCAGUUUACAAUCCGCAGGAAGAUGGAACAAAUGAGAGAAGAACUGGAUCUCAUGGAUCAGCUCCGUGAGAACAUCGAGAGCAGGUUGAAGGUGGUUUUAUCCGCGGACCUGGGAUCGUCGCUGAUGGACGGGGUAGUUCUUUGCCACUUAGUCAAUCACAUUCACCCCCGAUCGGUGGUCAGCAUACACGUCCCAUCGCCAGCAGUGCCUAAACUAAGCAUGGCCAAAUGCCGGAGGAAUGUGGAGAAUUUCCUGGAUGCUUGCAGAAAGAUGGGAGUACCGGAGGAGAAAUUAUGUCUGCCCCAUCACAUACUUGAAGAGAAAGGCUUGGUUAAAGUGAGCACAACCGUCCAAGCGCUGAUAGAUGUGUCCACAACCAUACAGGCCUUGUUUACAUGAAAAUCAAGUAAGGCCGACCGGACACUGGGUUCAGAACGCUGCCUGCAGCAGAGUGGCACACAACCCACGUGGGUUUGCAGAAACGUGUGCAGCCAAAGUGAACCAUUGAACCAACACCUAUCGGCUCUAUACCUCCUGAAAGACCAUUGUUUUAAGAGACAUUAUUAUACUUUUUUUUUCUUUUUUUAUUUUAACUAAAAGGACAGUAUUUCCACAACUUUAAUAGUAAUCACAUUUUUAACAGUGACUUGCUAUGUAAAGAUACAGGUAUAGCUGUUGGUGCUCACGAAAAUUAACCAGAAA